UAGUUAUCACAGUCAUUCGAGUGAGCAAAAAAGUUCAAAUAAAAGAAAAAAAUCAAAAGCAGACGCGUGUUGCAACAAUAUUACCAUCUGCACUCUCGUGCAUAAUUGCGUCAUGAUAGAAAUGUUAUAUUUUCGCGGGAGGGAUGCGCGUCUGUUUCCAUCUGCGUGGUUUGUUCGCAUCGCAUGAUUGUUGUAGGAAGUCUCUCGUUUUUUUUUUCCUCCCGUUUUUUUUUCUCUCCUCCAGCCGGGCUAUUCAAACCUGCAGAUCUAAGUAAACAAUCAUUCGCUCACUUAAUGCAAAUAAUGCGGCGUUUUACGCGUCGCUCCUUUCAUCUGAAUUCACGCGCUUUAUUUUUGUCGCUAAAAAAUGUGGGAUCUGCAGAAUAUGGCGCCCUGUCCUUAUAAAAAUAAGACAGGCUGCCAUUUUUGUUUUCCUUUUGUCUGAAAUUUUUAAUAAAACUGUCUGAGAAUGUGGGAGAGGCAGACACCGGGGACCUGCACUCUCAGAAGCCUCGAAAUGCGUCCGUUCGCCUUAUUGCGCGAGAGUUUUUAAUUUGAUGUUUGAUCAAAGACGACGUGCUUUAAUUGGGAAUGAUUUCAAGGAUGCCGAUAGAAUAAAAGAAAAAGUUGAAAUGGCAGAACCUAGAUUUAAUAAUCCAUACUUCUGGCCUCCUCCACCUUCUAUUCCUGGUCAGUUGGAUAACCUCGUGCUGAUCAACAAGAUCAAAGAGCAGCUCAUGGCGGAGAAAAUCAGACCUCCACACCUGCCGCCCACUUCUGUCCCUUCCCAGCAGCCCUUGCUGGUUCCACCCACAUCCACAGAAGGCGGGCAGCACAAUAUAUCAACGCCUAAGCUGCAGCAGAUGCCAGGGCUCCAUGUGCACAGCACCUCCCAGCCCGACAUCGCCCUACACGCACGACCCGCCUCCAGCAGCGUCGCAGGUCGUAUUCUGGGUGACGUGAACUUGAAUCUGGACGACAAGACUGCCAUUAAAGCAAGAGGAUUGUGGGAAGACUGGCAUUUGCGGCAAAUCAUAGACCAGCCAUCCAGAGUGAAUCAUCUGUCAGGACUGUCACUGACGUCUUCUCGAACUGCCAACCACAACACGUCAGAGAGCGUGACGCCGACCACCCCGACCACUCCAACCACCAGCAGUCAGACGCGUCAGGGCGGCGCUCCUUCCCCAAACCUCAUCUCAGGACUGGCCUGCGGGCCGGGGAUGGAGGCUUUCAAAAACAGCGGAGGACUGGCAGGACUGCUGGGUCCACCUCCCAAGAGCAUAGGACGAGGUCGCAAAAAGAUCAAAGCUGAAAACCCUUCUGGGCCGCUCUUAGUCGUUCCUUACCCAAUCCUGGCCUCUGGAGCCGACCAAUCACCUGUCAGCAUCACUGCCAAAGAAGGCAAAACAUACAGAUGUAAAGUGUGUCCGCUGACGUUCUUCUCCAAGUCGGACAUGCAGAUACACUCCAAGUCUCACACAGAAGCAAAGCCACACAAGUGCCCUCACUGCACCAAGUCCUUCGCCAACGCGUCCUACCUGUCGCAGCACCUGCGCAUUCACCUGGGAGUGAAGCCGUAUCACUGCUCCUACUGCGAGAAAUCCUUCCGCCAGCUCUCCCACUUACAGCAGCACACCAGAAUCCACACAGGUGAUCGGCCGUAUAAAUGUCUCCAUCCAGGCUGUGAAAAGGCCUUCACGCAGCUCUCCAAUCUGCAAUCUCACCAGAGAUCACAUAAUAAAGACAAGCCUUACAAGUGCUCCAACUGUUACCGCGCUUACUCAGACUCCGCCUCCCUCCAAAUCCACAUGUCGGCUCACGCAAUCAAAAACGCCAAGGCGUAUUGCUGCAGCAUGUGCGGUCGAGCCUACACCUCUGAGACCUACCUAAUGAAGCACAUGUCUAAGCACACGGUGGUAGAACAUCUAGUGAGUCAGCAUUCGCCGCAAAGGACCGAAUCCCCCAACGUUCCCGUUCGCAUUUCCCUCAUCUGAGAUCCCCGGUCCUGUGGUCAGUCUUUCCCAACCUUGGCAUAAGCAAGCGAAAUCGCCUGUUCUUGGUGGUUUGACAUUACUAUUUUUUUUGUGUGUGUGUGUUUGUUUGUUUUACUUUUUGAGAACAUUCCAAAAGGUAUUAGACUGUGUGGAUAGAGGCUCAAAACACAGCAGCGAUUUGGGAAGGUUCUGUUACACGCGUUCCUCUUCUGGAACUCAUUGUUGAGUUGAGAGGGAACAGUCGGGAAAUCCAAAGAUGGUUUCACAGCACUUUCAGGCCACACAAGUUUGGCUUUAAACGUUUCUGGUCUGUUAUGACAAUAAAGGCAUUGCUCUUGGCAGCUAAACGUUUGGGACUGUAGGUAUUAUGCAUUAUAAAAUCAGAAGACAUACGUUGUAUGUUUUAAGCUUGGACCAAGUCCAGUACCUCCUCUCAUAUUUUUCUAUAGUGUCUGGGAAAAAUCCCCUUCUUUUGGGCAACUCAAAGUUGGUUUAGAGACCAAUGGUCUUGUGUUUUGAUAAUGUCAAUCGUAAAAUGUUUUCAUUUCCUUGCUUGUAGGGAAACUGUACUAAAAAUAGCUUUAGCAUUAAAGUAAACUUCUCAAGAGGACUGUUACAAAUCUGCAGAGGACUUUAUAGACAAAUCUUAGUGCUUUACCAAUUUGUUUAGUGGUCUGGUGCCAAAAAAUGGAAUAUGAAAAUGGCAGAAAAUUCGGAUGUUUCAGAAUGAACACGUACAGUGUUUAGAAUUUACACUUUAUAAAAGUGUAAACCCGCGACGACUCAAACACCGUGUUACGUUACACAUUUGUCAGCAUGCAUUUGACAUUCUAAAUUGGUGAAAACUGCCAAGAAAUGUCCACAAUCUUAUAUUUUGCAUAAAUAAAAUGAAGAUUUUUUGCAUUAAAGCCGUUAUUUUCGUCCUCCCCCUUAUUAUUUAAAUUGUGGAGUGCAGUAUUGUAGAAUUUGUUUUUGUUGUAUUAGUAACACUUUACAAAAAGGUCUCAUUUGUUAACAUGUAUUAACUAACAUGAACUAACAGUGAGCAAUGCAUUACUUACAACAUUCAUUGACCUUUGUUAGGGGUCGACCAACAUGUGUUUUUCAGGGCCAAUGCCGAUUAUUACAGUAGACCGAUAACCGAUAUUUUGAACCGAUAUGUAUGUCUGGUGUAAAAAUGAAAAUUAAUGUCAAAUUUAAGAAUAACAAUGGCUCUGUGUGAAUGCAAAACUUUCAGUGCCUUCAGCCCUCUGCAUUGAUUGGCCGGACUCGUGACUCCCAACAAAUCAGAUUGGCGGUGGGCGGAGCUUGCUCUAGGCCACAGAGUGGUGAGUUCCGACAGAGGUGGCUGCAUCAGAGCCAAAUAGCUCAUUUAAAAAUUAAAUUAUUUUAUCUGAAAAUCGGUUUUGAAAAUGAACGGUAACCAUAAAAAUGCUUAAUAUCGGUGCCGAUAAUCGGUCAACCCCUAAUCUUUAUUAUACUACUGGCUGGGCUGUUGAAUGCUUGAAUCUGAUUGGCUGACGAACGUUCUAAGGUGUGCAGUUAUUUUCAGGGUAAGGCACAGCUAAAGUAGUUCCAGGCAGGUCUUGACCGCAUUACAGUUCCGUAUCACUUCGCCAAAUGAUUUCAGUUAUUUCAAAAGUCCUUACAGCACAAACUUUUAUUUUAGAUGUGAUUAAUCAUGAUUAAUCAAUUUGACAGCACUAAAAUAUAAUAAAUAAGAUAAAAACGACAAAUUAUUCCCAUGUUUUUUGCCACAAAAUUACGUUUUAUUAUGUACAGAAAGCACAUCUUUUUCUGCUCUCAUGCACUCAAAUUCACACACUUUAUGUUAGUUAAUAAAAAUACAGUUGUUCAUUGUUUAUGUCAGUUCACGGUCCAUUAACUGAUAACAAAUACAACUUUUGCUAACAUUAUCUUAGAAUAAUAAAUGUUGUAGAAGUAUUGUUCAUUGUUAGUUAGUGUAGUUAACUAAUGUCAACAAAUGAAACCUUAUUGUAAAGUGUUACAGUUAUAUUAAGCUUUUAUUUUAAUAUUAAGUAUUAAUAUUCAUUUGGAAUAAAAAAUGAGGUCCUGUCCAGACAGUAUUUAUUACUGUAUUACAGAAAUGAGAUUUUAUUUUAUGUUCAUUUAUUUUUUCUUUUGGUUUGGGGGAUUUUUUGGGGAAAAUGCUCUUAAUUGUCAUAAUGCAAACAACGGUCCUACAAACAGGCUUCAUUUUCAUUUAUUCAAAAUACAAUUUAGUAUUUUUCAUUUGUUUUUUUUGGGGUGAAAUGUAACGAUUCAGCCAUAUGCCGUUCUAAAUUUCACACAGGACAGAACAAUAUUGGGGGGAAAGAGCUGGAUUAUAAUGUGGAGUUGCCCAUGAGAUUUGUGUAGCUGCAUCGAUGUCUAGAAUACCUCCUUGGCUUAUUAUACAUGUUUAUACUUAUUAUCAUGUUUAAAUAUUAACAACUAACAUGUUAAUUUUACACAUUUUAAGCCUUAACCAUUUUAUCACUAGUUGUUUACCAUCACAUUUUAUAUAUUUUAUACCAUAUUGGUGUUUACUUGUGUACUCCGUACUUUUAUGUAAUUUUAUUUCCUAGCAUGAACAUGCUGUAAAUAAACUAUACAGUACUUAAGUGUUAACCAGUUUAUAUAAAAUGACUACAUGUCUAGUUAUUAUAAAAUAUACCUUUUUAAUUGUCUUGAAAUGUGGUACUCUAUAAGAUUUGCCUUGGCUGCUACAUGCAAAGUCAAGACACGGAGAGGGAACGGACUUUGUAAAAGUAAGCAAAUAAAUAUAUGAGAAAA